UUGAACCAAGAGCAGUUAAUUGGAAGCUGAAAUUGAAUCCUUCAAAUUCAAUGAUCUGGGGUCUGAAUUUGCAAUAUGCAUGAUGAUCCUGGUGUAUUUAUGUAUUUUCUGACAUUGUACUAAAUAUAUGUACAGUAUCCUUCCAACUCCCACCUACUUGAACUAUUUCAAUUUCCCAAGAGAGAGAGAGAGAGAGAGAUUUACAAAUAAAUGAACAGAUGCAGGAAGGAAAAGCAUUUACUGAGUGUUUGUCACUGUCCCACUUUGCCAAACCUGCCUCAACCAUCUCCCAAAUAAAUGCAGAGGUAUAAUAAAUAGACAAAGUUGCCUCCCCUCAAUGCGCAUGACUUCUUACUGUUACUGUAUUAAGGGAAUACAGCCAAAAGCAGGUUGCAGAAAAGCUCAGCUCGGAAUAUAUCCAUUCUUGCCAAACUAAGAAAUGGAUUAUUCAUACAAAUUGUUGAUGCUUCUUUCUUCUCUCACUCUAUGCCUCCUUCCAUUUUCUUCUUGCUUGGCUCCCUCUGUCGGUUUCUACGCAGGUUCCUGUCCCGCAGCUGAACUCAUGGUGAAGAACACCGUGAGAUCAGCUUCUGAUUUGGACCCCACAAUCCCCGGGAAGCUCCUUCGCUUGCUCUUCCACGACUGCUUCAUCGAGGGAUGUGAUGCUUCCAUACUAUUACAAGGAAACGGGACGGAAAGAAGCGAUCCUGCAAACAGGUCCGUUGAUGGAUUUGCAGUCAUAGACUCAGCAAAGAGAUUGCUCGAAAUCUUCUGCCCAGAAACAGUUUCUUGUGCUGACAUUCUUGCAAUGGCUGCUAGAGAUGCAGUUGAAUAUACAGGAGGACCAAGCGUGCAGAUUCCGACAGGGAGGAGAGACGGUAGGAUUUCAGCAGCUGCAAAUGUGAGACCAAACAUCAUAGACACAAGCUUCACAUUAGAUGAGAUGGCUAAGCUCUUCAUUGCAAAGGGAUUAUCUAUGGAUGACCUUGUUACCCUCUCAGGGGGUCACACCAUCGGGAAAUCACAUUGCAGCUCAUUCAACGACCGGUUCAAGCUCGACCCGAGUGGAAAUGUUACGGUGAUCGACUCAUCCCUAGACCGGGAGUAUGCGAUCCAGCUAACAAAAAUGUGUCCUGCCGGUGCUAGGGAUGAUUCGAUCACCGUUAAUAACGACCCGGGCACUCCCUUUCAGUUCGACAACGAGUAUUACAAGAUAGUGUUAGAGCACAAGGGGCUUUUCCAGUCUGAUUCUGCACUGGUAAAUGAUAAUAGAACGAGGAACAAAGUGGUGGAAUUUGCACAGAGUCAAGAUAGUUUCUUUGAGAGCUGGGCUGUUUCUUUCUUGAAACUUUCCACCAUUGGGGUUAAGACAGGUGAUGAAGGUGAAAUUCGACAAUCUUGCUCCAUGCCUAAUAGAUGAUCUCUAUCCCAAAUUGGUGUUUCAUCUUAUGUAUAAUCGAUGAAUUGUUGCUACGUAUAGUUUAUAUAUAUAAAAAAAUAUAUGUGACAACAAUCUAAUGAAUAUUGACAGAAUGUCUGGAUAUA